AGGAGUACAUGCAUCCAUAAAGUCGAUUUCAAAAUUACGUACCUUUCCUUACACAAUUUUUAAAAAAUGUCUGGAAAACAAGUUUAUACGUGAUGUGACAUUCUUUUAUCUAAUGCUUUAUGGUAUCGAUUAGUUUAAUCUGGUUAAAAUGUGUAACCAUGGCUGUAGUAUUGACUUAUUGGAUUUGUACAGGUACACUACGCAGGUAAACUGUCCAAACAACGCCGAUUGAUCGCUCUCGGGAGCGAAUUUGCGGCUCACCUGUACAUUUUAAACGGUGUGAUAGCUUUACAUGACGGUCUUGUAUAUCGAUAAACAUUUUAUAUACGGUUCUACUAACAUGAUAUACCCGUUUCAUUGAAUUUCGUUGAAAAACUGGACUAAUAUAGGAGUGACACUAUGACUCAAAACGACUAAUUAUUAAUUAUAAGGUGUGUUGUUUCAACAGAAAAUAACAAGUGUUGUGACAUAAGUUUACUAAAUAUCUUAUAAAUUGAGGAAAUGUACAUGACCACAUUGUUAAACGUAGUGCCUCUCUACCAUUUAAAUACAACGCGUGUAUAAGUAUAACGUUUUUUUUAAGAUCAUAUCGUUAUGUGCACCUGUUCAUUAUUAUAAACACGUGUGUAUGAAUUGGACAUUGAAUGAAACAAAGUCAGAAGAUUUCAUGUAUACUUUGUGUGUGUGUUAUUUCAUUGUAUUUCUGCGUAAACAGUCAUAGAACUGCAUGGUGUAUAAGAUUAGGAAAUUUUGCGCAUUUGGGAGUUCAAUGGAAAACACAUAAGUAAAUCAUGCAGAAAGAUUCCGUGACAAUUUGAAGAGUCUAACAAUAUAAAAACCCAUAUAUAAUUAGCCUAAUUCAAGUAACAACAUCACCAAUCCCUUCAGACUAUCCGUCCAUAUUGACUAAGAAUAAUGAACAACGUCUCAGCUGCCGCCGGCAAGUUUGCCGACGCCGCCAACGCUACGACGACGUCGUUUCCGUCGACGACAGUGAAUGUCUCCGACAAUACGACGCUGUGGACAAAACAGACGCCUGAGGAGGCUAUUCAGAACUUCUGGAUCGGUCUGGCGCUUGCCGUCACUUCCGCUUGCUUUACCGGUAGUAGCUUCAUUCUAAAGAAGAAAGGCCUUCUUAACGCGUCGAGGGCGCAAGGCACUCGUGCAGGUGAUGGUGGGUUUGCCUACCUAAAGCAGUGGCUAUGGUGGGCCGGGAUGAUCAUAAUGAUCGUUGGUGAGAUAAUGAACUUCCUGGCGUACCUGUUCGCGCCGGCGACCCUCGUCACUCCGUUAGGGGCUCUCAGUGUCAUCUGCAGCGCGCUGAUGUCCUCCUAUUUCCUCAACGAGCGCCUCAACCUGCUGGGCAAGGUGGGUUGCGCUCUCUGCAUCUUCGGCUCCACCCUCAUAGUCGUGCACUCGCCACAGGAGCAGGAAAUCCAGACUAUGGAGAGCUUGCUAGAUCGUAUACUCGAACCAGGUAUAAUUAUCCUCUCGGUAGCCUUGAUAGCCAUAGCCCUGGUCAGCAUUUUCGUCCUGGCCCCUAAAUGGGGUCAGAAGAACGUGCUUGUCUACGUGAGCGUCUGCUCGUGUCUAGGGUCGUUCACCGUCAUGGGGGCCAAAGGUUUCGGUGUCGCCAUCAAAGAAACAAUCAAUGGCAGAAAUGAGUUUGACAAUUUCCUGACGUACGUGAUGGCCGCAAUUGUGAUCGCGUGUAGUAUGGUUGAGUUGGUUUUCCUCAACAAAGCCUUGGACACGUUCAAUACUGCAAUAGUGACACCGACGUAUUACGUGAUAUUUACGUCAUGCGCCGUGAUGUUCUCGCUAGUGAUGUUCAAGGAAUUCGGUAACAUGACCGUGGAGGACAUUAUAGGUUGUGUAAUCGGGUUCUUAGUCAUCGUGUCGGGUAUAUUUCUCCUGAACGCGUUCAAGAACAUGAACAUUUCGCUGCGCAAUUUGCCCAAGGCUCAGAAGACCGACCCAAACACCGCACAAAACGGUGACGCAAUGGGCGUUGCCCAUGACGACCAUCAUCUUCUCGAGGAGAACGAGAAUCUCAGUCAUGAUGAAGAGACCGCUAUUAAUGACUGCCCGCCGCAGACGCCUUUCCCCGACGAGGAACCGGAUGUAGAUAUGUUCAUGUUGGAGAGGGACAAAAUGACAGACGGGUUAACAACGGACUCCAAUAGUAAUAUAUCGUACACUAGUAACGUGAACGGAAGUUUAGUAAUGGAAUGAUUCUUGUGAUAUGUGGGUGUGUGUAGUUUAAAAUGGGACGGGAAAUCGAUAUUAUGUGCAUAAUACUUACAAGUGUCAUGUAGGAGACCUUGCGUCUGUUGCGAUCGGAUGCCUAUAAAAUGACUUAGUUCCUUCUUAUAGGCGUGUAUGAACACGUUACUGGUGAGCGUAUGCGCUAGUGAACAUUUUUCUGUGGCCAUCAUCAACUGGUGUUUAAAACAGAUUUGAGAAAUGGACAGUUGAAGCUCGCCUUUUCGAUGGACAUUUGAUCAUGAUCAACAAUAAAGGUCAUUGUCAGUAAAUAUAGACACAUGGUUUUCGCUCAAAAUCGAGGUUUAUGUGUCUCGUACAUAUUUUGCAAAUUAAAAAAAACAAUACUUAAAAGCUUAAAUUUAAAAUAACUUAUCUAUUAAACAAUCAGAGAAGAUAAUUUAAUACAAUAUAAAACUGUAUUUGCUUUUUUACUGACUGUAAAACAUUACUACUUGAGUAAUCAGACCAUUGAAGUUAUCAGAAUUUUCAAAAUUCUUUUUUUUGCAAUGGUUUAAAAACCUAUUUUAUAAUCGGAAUUUAAAAAUUAACAUAUAGUGAUGCAUUUUCUUAUACGUUUUUAGAAUUAUUAAACUGUAUGUAUUAAGUUUUAUGACUUUGCAUUGGGUAUAGGUAUCAACACACAAUUCAAAUGUUUAACGUCGUGAAUCCUUGAAAAAAGGUGUUUAUUUUUAAUUUGAAGAUUCAGUUUUAUUCUAGUUUAAGGUUUUAAUGGUCGGUGUAUUUCGAGAUAUAUCAAAUUGUAAAACAGUAGUUCUAUAAACGUAUUGAAAAAAAAACGGUUAGUAAAGAACGAAUUGUAUUUUAAUACUAACUGUGCAGUGAAAGGGAGGCAACUUAAGUUCAAUGUUAUGCACAUGUUAAGAGACACUCUGAUGUCGAUGGAUGGACCUCAGAACUCAAUUGUGAUAUGCACAUUUCAUGUCAUUAAUCAUAUUUGUAAUUUAUUCAUUCACUUUGAUUGAAAUCUAAUUUCUUUGUAGAUGCUCUGUACUUUUUUAGUUUUUUUUUCGAGAAUAUAAACACAAUUGUAUGCCAGUAAUGCGUCUUUAUAAUAGUGCUCUUUCCUUUUUGUGUCAUUACGUAGCUUAAGAAUAUAUAAUAAAACGGCUUAACUACUCAUUUACCACAAUCCAAUUCUAGCCUUAAUUUGAUUGUCUUACAUUACAACCUAAUUCAUUCAUUUUAUUAACAUUCAAGCACAUUUUACAAAUGCACAUAGAAUAGCUUUAAUUCAUCAGUUUCGCAAUAUGUUUUGCAAUAUACUGAUCUGACUGUUUGACUUAUAUUGUGCUUAGUUUAUUAAAAAAACUUACAAACAUAAAAACAGCGACUUACACAUUCUUAUCACAUCAAAGAAAUAUUUUACUUAGAUAUAUUCUGUUACAUGUACUUGUAAACACAUCUUUGUUUUUAAACAUAUUUUUAUAAUUACCAACACUACACCAAUAUUUAGAGUAGUUGAAAAUAUCAUCAAGAAAGAAAAUUUUAUAAAACUUUGUGUUUGCCGGUAUUCGAACACGGGAACUUAAGUAGCAAAAGCAAACUCGAUAUCACUGCACCACAAUGCACAAUAACGGUUAUUUUAUACAAGCUAGGUUGGAAACACAAGUAAGGUAUUUUCAGGUUAACGGAGGAGGGUUUAUAUAUAAUUUAACUGAUCGAUGAAGAAAGCUAUAUUUUAAACAGUUGACCAAAGGAAGGAGUGUUGUUGUGCAUGUUUUAAUAUAAUGCACGUAGUCCCUUAAAAUAUGAACGAAAAUAUUAUUUUUUUAUAAUUAAUGUACAUGAUGCAGAAUGUUAUGCAUUAACUGUAGGUUCUGUCCAAACUUUUUUGCCAAAAGUUUAUAAUGGCAUUGCAUACAUAUAUUUUUACACAGUCUUUGAAGUUAUUAAAAAUAUCCACUUAGAUUAGUAAUAUCUCGUACAUAAAUUUGCUUUUUUUGUCAAAGAAUAAAUUUCAAUUGUUUGUCAACUUUAUCAAAUUUAGUAUUGCUUCAUUAAAGAGCUAAAUCAACUUGUUUUACCGAUCUUAAUAACACUGUUAUUAUUAUUAUUAUUAUUAUUAUUAUUAUUAUUAUUAUUAUUAUUAUUAUUAUUAUUAUUAUUAUUAUUAUUAUUAUAUUAUACGAAUAAUAGUACUACUACUACUAGUACUACUACUAGUACUACUACUACUACUUCUACUACUACUACUACUACUACUACUACUACUACUACUACUACUACUAAUAAUAACAGUUAUGAUGAUAAUCAUUAUUAUCUUAUUGUUUUUAUUACUGUAAAACAAAUUAUUAUUAUUCGCGAUCUCGGCCACAUCAGCCCCUCUAGCACAUGCGCACGCAGUCCUUAGUGAAAUUUCUUGCGAAUUCACGUGAAUGCUCGUGAGAUUGCAUAGCUGUAUCUUCGAGAUGUAUUGCUUUGAAUGUGUCUCAUGAGUUAACGGAAGCUAUUUGUCAAUAUUUUUUUCUGUACUUUUUAGGUUCUCAGUUUAUUUACCGUGUACUUAUUAUUUUGCACAGUCUUUUAGGUGUACAUAUAUGUGUUAUAAUAAAAUAACUAUUUUUUAUCAUUAAACAUUUAUUUUAUGACUGCAGGCAUUAUGUAUGUUUCGUUACGUUGCUGCAAGAAUACAUACAUUUAUAAUUGUUAUUCCAACAAUCUUGUAUUAAUUUUUUUAAAUACAAAGGUACAUUCAUUUAUUGGUAGAAAAUAAGUUGUUUUUGUCCUACUACUUAAAAGCUGGUUGAAGUUGUUUCUGAGACUAAAUCAAUCGAAUGGAAUAGAUUUCUACAAUGUAACUGUGUUGCAUCAACUCAUCAGGUUUAUCGAUUUUUAUAAUUGUUUUUUUUUUGUAAAGUGAUUUCACAUGUUAAUGAAGAUUUAUUUUACAAUGUUCGGUAUACUGAAUUUGUGUGUGUGAUUAUUUAAUUUUAUCACGUAUUGAUGAACGUACUGUUGAUAUAAUACUGUGCGUUAUCAAUAUAUAUGACACUAAUUCAUCGACUUUUGAAAUGAUAGACCUUGGUCAGUUUUCAUGAUUUCAAUUUAGCUGACCUUUAUACCGUCAUAGGUCACAGUUUUGUUAAAAAAAUGUGUAAAAGUUACAGCUGAAUUUGAUAUUUUUAUAUGAAUGCGUUUAUGCCUUCGUAUAAAACUAUUAGUUCAUUCAAACGUUUUAAAAACAGGAUUUUUUAGACUUACAUUGUUGCAUUUUCUAUUACACUGAUUUUAAUCCAUGUUUUUACACAAUUAUUUUAGUUCAAAUUUUAUAUUUACGUAUUAACCAUCAUAUAUGUAAUACGAACUACCAUACUUAACGAUGAUAUACCUGUGUAUAUAGUUUUGAUUCGUUUGAUUGUAGGAUAUCGUAUAUUAAUUUAUACUGAAAAUCGCAUGCUCGAUAAGGUAGGAUUAAUGUUAUUGAUAUGUGCUGAUUAAGAUAUUCAUGUAAAUUAAUGAGUACCUGUUGUAUAUUGUUUUUACGUCGACUCAUAAAUAUACGAGCCUUUUAA